UUCGCCCGGGCCGUGUCCCGCCGCUCCCGCCGCCGGCCCUGCUCGCCGGGAAGAUGGCUGCCGUCCGCAGGGCCCGCAGGGACUCCCGCUGCGUGGUGCGUUUCUCCGACCGAGAACUCUGCUAAGUGCCCCCCGCGGGCAGGGAGGACACACGGACCAAGAGGGGGAGCAGAGCCCCCGAAAAGGGACAGCGCCGCCCGAGCGUCGGCAGCAUGGCAGAAGCUGAAGAAGAUUGUCACGCUGAUAUGGUAAGAACCGAUGACAGUGAAAGAUCUGGUGAAGCAAAUCUUCAGGCAGAGCUCCAGAUGUUCAGAGCUCAGUGGAUGUUUGAACUUGCCCCAGGUGUGAGUUCUAGUGGGUUGGAACCUCUGCCAUGCAGAGCAUCAUCAAGAGAACCUGGACUAAAGUCUGUUGAUGCCCGCGGAAAACAGGAGAUAGCAAAAGAGGAAAAGGCAAAAGAACUGUUCCUGAAGGCAGUGGAAGAAGAAAGAAAUGGGGCCCUUUAUGAAGCCAUCAAGUUUUAUCGUCUAGCCAUGCAGCUUGUACCUGACAUAGAGUUUAAGAUCACCUAUACACGAUCCCCAGAUGGUGAUGGAGUCGGAAAGAGGUGUGUUGAGGAUAGCAAAGAGGAUGAAAAAAUGGCAGAUCUCCUGACAGAUUUCCAGCAGCAGUUAACUCUUCAGGAAUCUUCAGUCAAACUUUGUCAGCCUGAAGUUUAUGCCAGCCAGACCCACAUCUCAGCAUUGCCUAUGGAAGUACUAAUGUACAUUUUCCGAUGGGUGGUUUCAAGUGACUUGGAUCUAAGAUCAUUGGAGCAAUUAUCUCUUGUCUGUCGAGGAUUUUACAUUUGUGCCAGAGAUCCUGAAAUCUGGCAUCAAGUCUGUUUGAAAAUAUGGGGCAGGAGCUGCAAUAAGCUUGUUCCAUAUGCAUCUUGGAGGGACAUGUUUUUGGAAAGGCCUCGCGUUCGAUUUGAUGGUGUAUAUGUCAGCAAGACAAAAUACAUACGUCAAGGAGAGCAGUCUCUUGAUGGUUUCUAUAGAGCAUGGCACCAAGUGGAAUAUUACAGGUAUUUGAGAUUCUUUCCAGAUGGUCAAGUUAUGAUGCUAACAACUCCUGAAGAUCCUCAAUCUAUAGUUCCUCGCUUACGGACUAAAAACACAAGAACGGAUGCAAUCUUGCUUGGCCAUUAUCGCCUUUCCCAGGAAACAGACAAUCAAACCAAAGUAUUUGCUGUAAUAAUGAAGAAAAAGGAAGAGAAACCAGUAGAUUACCACAAAUACAGAUAUUUCCGCCGCGUUCCUGCUCAAGAAACAGAUCACAGUUUCCAUGUAGGACUACAGUUGUGCUCCAGUGGGCGCCAGAGGUUCAACAAACUUGUGUGGAUACAUCAUUCUUGUCACAUCACUUGCAGAUCGACUGGUGAGACAGCUGUAACUACUUUUGACAUUGACAAAAUGUACACCCCUUUGUUCUUUGCACGAGUGAAGAGUUUUACUGCAUAUUCAGAAAAGCCACUCUGAGAAACACCUUCUCCUCUCACAACUUUUGCAUGAGUAAAAGGUUGUAGCUAAUAAGCACUUAAGUUAUAAAUGUGUAUAUAUUUGGAGCAUUUUAAAAUUUUGGGAAAUUUUUUGAAGGCAGUAUGUUCUAUUUGAUUGUGAAUGGCUGGGAUUUUGUUUUGAGAUCAAGCUUAUGAGUGUUAAACACCUUUUAUUUGUGAUAAGAAUUUGAUAGCAAAGUUUUGUUUUGUUGUGUUGGGUUUUUAAAAAAAUAUUUUUAAAUCGGUUUGCUUAAAAUGUGACUGUUCAUAUGCCUAGACACUGAUUCAUUCAAAAGGAAUCAAUAGGAAAAUCUCAUUGUCCAUGGGACAGUGUGUAUGGUCUCUGGUGAAGACUUGAAAUGUGAAAAGGGAGAAAGUUGUCAUCUGUUAAACUGUGUGACUUGAAAGAACUUCAAAUAAAUGUUUUCUUUAAUUUAAA